CCACUUUCUCCUCCUCCCCCCACCCCACCUUGCUUUCAUUUCACUGCCAGCUCUACCCCGUCCCCAUUGUUUGUUAGAGGCCUUCUUCCUUCUCCUCUUCCUCUGUUUCCUCACAACUCCCUCUUUAGUGAGAGAGAGAGAGUACACAAACCAAAAGUAUCAAUUCACUUCCGUUGGACAAAAGAAAAAAACAGAGAUCCUCUGUUUGAAUCGCAAGAGAAUGGCUGGUUAUGUAGGCGUGUUGGUGUCGGAUCCAUGGCUGCAGAAUCAGUUCACUCAGGUGGAGCUUCGGAGCUUGAAAACUCAUUUCUCGACGAUCAGAAGAGAAAAUGGAGGAGUUUUGAAGGUGGCUGACCUGCCGGCGAGAAUGUGUAAACUGAAACACGUUGGAGAGAGUCUUACCGAAGAGGAACGAUCUGCAUUUCUUCAAGAUUCGUACCAGAACUUGGAUGAAGAUGUUGAUUUCGAGCUGUUCCUUCGGGUCUAUUUAAAACUUCAAGCACAUGCCUCUGCAAGAAUGGGAAGUGUAAAAACUUCAUCUGCUUUCCUCAAGUCUCCCACUUCUACCUUGCUUCACACAAUCAGUGAAUCCGAGAAGGCAUCCUACGUGGCACACAUUAAUAACUAUCUUGCAGAGGAUGAGUUCAUAAAGAAAUACCUCCCCAUUGAUCCUUCAACUAAUGACCUGUUUGAAAUUGCCAAGGAUGGAGUUCUUAUCUGUAAGCUCAUUAAUGUGGCAGUGCCAGGAACAAUUGAUGAGCGGGCAAUAAAUACCAAGAGAUUACUCAAUCCAUGGGAAAGAAAUGAGAAUCAUACCCUUUGCCUCAACUCUGCCAAGGCAAUUGGAUGUACUGUAGUCAAUAUAGGAAAUGAAGACUUUAUUGAAGGAAGGAGGCAUCUUGUUCUUGGAUUGAUAUCGCAGAUUAUAAAGAUACAACUACUGGCGGAUCUCAAUUUAAAGAAAACACCUCAAUUGGUGGAAUUGGUUGAUGAUAGUAAGGACAUUGAGGAGUUGAUGAGCCUUGCUCCAGAAAAAAUUUUGCUUAGGUGGAUGAAUUUUCAGUUAAAAAAAGCAGUAUACAAGAAAACAGUCACAAAUUUCUCUUCUGAUGUAAAGGAUGCUGAGGCUUAUGCUUAUCUCUUGAACAUUCUUGCUCCCGAGCAUAGUAGUCCAGCUACAUUAGCUACAAAAGAUCCUUUGCAAAGAGCAAAGCUCGUUUUGGAACAUGCAGAUAGAAUGGGCUGCAAGAGAUACAUAACACCAAAAGAUAUUGUGGAAGGAUCUCCAAAUCUUAACCUUGCUUUCGUGGCACAUAUUUUCCAGCAUAGGAAUGGUCUCUCUACACAAACAAAACAGAUAUCUUUUCUUGAAUCAUCGCCAGAUGACACCCAAAUCUCCAGAGAGGAGAAAGCAUUUCGAUUUUGGAUAAAUAGUCUGGGAACCUCAACAUACAUAGACAACAUUUUUGAAGAUGUCAGAGAUGGAUGGGUGCUUCUAGAGGCGCUCGACAAGGUGUCUCCGGGUAUUGUUAACUGGAAAAUCGCUUCUAAACCUCCAAUCAAGAUGCCAUUCAGGAAAGUUGAAAACUGUAACCAAGUUGUCAAGAUUGGGAAACAAUUGAAGUUUUCGCUGGUUAAUAUUGCCGGAAAUGAUAUUGUUCAAGGAAAUAAGAAACUGAUUCUUGCUUACCUUUGGCAGUUGAUGCGAUGUAACAUGCUUCAGCUCCUGAAGAACUUGAGAUUCCAUUCUCAUGGAAAGGAAAUAAUGGAUAUUGAUAUUUUAGAGUGGGCUAAUACCAAAGUCAAAAAUUCAGGAAGCAACAGUCGUAUGUGCAGUUUCAAGGAUAAGAGUUUGUCUGAUGGCACAUUUUUCCUUGAGCUGCUUAGUGCUGUAAAUCCUCGAGCUGUUAAUUGGAGUCUUGUUACAAAAGGAGUAACUGAGGAGGAGAAAAGGAUGAACGCAACCUACAUUAUUAGUAUUGCAAGGAAGCUGGGAUGCUCUAUAUUUCUCCUUCCCGAAGACUUAAUAGAGGUGAACCAAAAGAUGAUCCUGACACUGACGGCAAGUAUUAUGUAUUGGUACUUGAAACAACCUACAGAAGACCAAACAUCAUGUGGAUCAUCUGAUAGCGAAAGCCUUCUGGAUACAACCUCAAAUUCUGCAACAGAUGAUACGGCUUCUGAGUCAUCCGCAGAUGAAAAUAGUAAUAGAUAAUUCGGCUCUUUUCAUAAAGUUCUAUGUUGCUAUUGCAUUGUUUUGAUAUGAGGUUUUGAAGGCCCCCAUCCCCCACCUCCCGAAAAGGCAAAACCAAAAAAAAAAAAAAAAAGAGAUUUUCAAAUUUAUGGUGACGACCCUUUACAAAUCAGUGUAUUGGAUGGAUGUUCUCUGUCUAAAAGCAAAUGCCCAUGUGAAUAGAUAGGAAUACGUAUUUGUACUAGAAGAAGAAAUGCUAUGCUGGUGAUUGAUUUUUGCCUGUCGGCAAUUCUGCAAAACCACUAUUGAAGUUCUGUACUUCAACAAAGAAGUAUGGCAAAAAUGGAAUGCCUUAUCGUGUAAUUUCAAGUUGUAACAAUCUCAGAGAGUCUCUUCCUGUCUUACUGGGACGUA